CGACAGAGAAGGAUUUUGAAGUUUAUAACAACCCGCUUAUGUAAUUUACAAAAGGAUACAUAUAUAAAAAUUAUAAAUAUCAGUUUUAAUAUUGAUGUACAGAUAUAUUGUCCAGUAACAGCUCUGAUAAAAAGAUGUGGAGAGAGAUUCUUGUAACAGCCGUUUUUCUACAAGCGUUUUCUGUAUAUGCAAUAACACUGAAAGUAAAGAAUGGACAAGUUGCAUAUUUCAGAUGUAGUGAUGGAAAAGUUGUCGAUGUAACGGAGGCAACCUAUGAAAAGGGUAACUGUGGUGAUCCCAGUGCAUUAUCGGUUGUGGAAGGACUUGCAAACGGAAAAACAAGUUAUGAUCUACCAGUUUCAAAAUCAGUUUUUACGAGCACAUGUGUAGUUAACAUUGAUGAAAAACUGAAAGUCAAGUAUGACUGUGUUAGUCCUACUGCAACUGAAACAACAGCAAAUGGAGCUACGGCAGAGAUACUAUGUAAUGCCGGGCAAUACAUAACAAUAACAAAGGCCCUUUAUGGUGAUACCGCGAAUAAUUGUUAUGAUGUAAAUGCAUUUUCUAUUGUCCAGACUAGCUGUAACAAUGCAGUAACUUGUUCGAUAACUGUAGACUCGGCUACGUUUCCAAGUUCCACUUGUAGCCCGACUGGCAGUGAGAGUUUAGCAGUUGCUUACAGCUGUACACAAGUAACAGGACAAGUGUAUACACAUUGGGGAAGUACAACGUGUGGAUCAACCGCUCAAUUAUUAUACUCAGGCGUUAUGGCUGGUGGACCUCAAGGUACAGCAGGAUCUGGUAGUGACUACCUUUGUAUGCCAACCAUACCGUCUUACACAGGUGAUGAAUCGGGUUCCGCCGAAUCAGAAAGGGGACAACUUUACGGAAUUCAGCUUGGGCUGGACACUGGGGAUAUGUCGUCUCCUUUUGAUACCAGUAAAAAUGGUUAUGUUGUUGACUGCGCCGUUUGCCAGAUCUUAGCAAAUCCCGCGGUUUUCAUGCAAGCAGCAACAAACACGUGCCCAACGGGUUGGACAGUUGUAUAUACUGGUUACCUAAUGUCUGAAAUAGCUGCAGGAGUAACUGCGACUUCAAAGGGAUACGCAUGUCUGGACAAAGAUGCACCCCUGUCAACGGAUAGUAGUGCCGAUAAUGCAUUCGUGUAUCCAGUAGAAGGAAAAUGUGGGACACUAACAUGUCCCAGUUACGAAGAUAAUGUCGAACUUACAUGUGUUGUUUGUUCUAAGUAAUUUUCAUGCACUUUGAGACUGCUAAAUUCGUUUAAUUUAAAUCUAAUGAGCUUUAAACCACCACUCGUAUACUUGCUUCAAGAUACAUACUGUUUUCAUAUCUGUUAUACUCAAUAUGUAUUUUUGGUAAACAACAAACUAUGGUUUGUAGUACAAAAUACGGUACCAACAUAAAGCUUAUUUGAUUAAAGUAGAAUAUGAAUUACG